CCAUUCUAACAUAGAUCAAAAUGUGUAAAUUGUUAAUAGACAUUGUAAAUAGACCCUGUAGGCUACUUUUAAGGCUCAAUCUUGUAUUGUAUAUGAAGACUCAACCUUGUAUUAUAUUUAUUUAACAUGUUUUGAUGAAAAUCAAACUAUGGCACUUUGCAUUUAAUUACUUCUAUUGAGAGCUAACCGCAUGUUUAACCAUGUACAGAACUUGUUCAGGUCCACUUAGCAAAGCAGUGGAGUCUAUGUCUUCAUGUCUUGUCUUCAAAAACAUGAUGCUUCAUAGCACUGAAUAGGUUUGAGAUGUCAGCCAUGGUUUGGAUUUAUGAUUGGGGCAACAACACAAUUAGGUGACAUAACUAAACCACCACAGUGUAUCAUUUAUGUAGGCUAAUUGGCUGACUAGAAUAGUUGGCGUAAUUAAAAAGUACUAUAUUCUAAACAAAUUUGUAAUUUACUUAGACACAUUACUUUAUGGAUCUAGGCCUACUUAAAUUCCAUGACUAAAUGUGAGGCUAAGGCUAUAGAACUAACAAAACUAUCAAUAGCUCAUUAUUUCUGAGUAGUGUCAACAGGCACCAUCUCGGAAAGAUUAGAUGAGUUCGUUGACCCAGGACUUUGUUUGUUUUGGCUUCCCGCCUGGCUGUAGUCACUGUAUCAAUUUAAUUAUAGUCACAGGCCUUGGUAGCUUGGUACUGCCUGCGGGGAUGACCAAGAGGAAGAUAUAGAACUAACCUCACCCCCGCCCUGGAGCAAGACCAUCUGGCAAUGGGCAUUCAUUGAGAAACUCUUAUCACUCUUGAACGAAAUCAAUGGUUAAACAACGAGUUGUUUUUCUGAGAGUGAGAUUACUAUUUGAGGUCAAUGUUCACAACUCACGACUAUAAAUUGGCCUGGUGUAUUGGAAAACGACAGUUAGAAGCAGGUGCGUAACUGCCAGUCCAACAAAGAGAAUUCCCCCUUGACCAAAACGGUCGGUGGUGUAGGCUACGUUGUUUGCUAAGUAUUUGAUGCAGAGUUUUUGUUAUUUUUCGCUUCAAAGGAAUGGAGUACGAGUGCUAUUGCACAGAGGACAACAUACAGCCAAAUGCUAUUCUUUUUAACAUCCUCAGCCGGACGGAUAAUGAGCCUGUUGACAACAACCUGAACUACACAUUUGCGCCGCGCAGAUGUCACUGCGAGAUGCGAAGGACAGUGUGUUUGAAAACACCCGGCGAGACUUGUAAAACGGCCUCGGACGUGCUAGUCAAAACAAUCAACUUCAUGAAGAGUUUGCCAGCUUUCCAUCAGCUUCCACCAAAGGAUCAACUUGCACUCCUCCGGAGUUGCUGGGCGCCAUUGUUCAUUCUUGGUUUGGCUCAAGAGAGGGUGAGCUUCGAAGUUACAGAUACCCCCGCGGCCAGCAUGCUGAAACGAAUCCUGCUCAACUGUCACGAAAACACAAGCAUGCAGAUGGAGCAGCCCCCUCUGGCUGGGGUUAACACGCUCAAGUCCUGCCUGAAGAAAUUCUGGAGUCUCGAUCUGAGUCCAAAGGAGUAUGCUUACCUGAAAGGCACCAUGAUAUUUAAUCCUGAUGUUCCUGACCUGAAAGCCACCCUGUUCAUUGAGGGCUUACAACAGCAGGCCCAGCACGCAUUAAGAGAAGUCCUUCUUCCACUUCAUCCCAACGACAGGGGACGCUUCGCUCGCAUCCUCUUGACGGCCUCCUCUCUGAACGCCAUCACCCCCAGCCUCAUCACAGAACUCUUCUUCAGGCCCGUGAUUGGCCAGACAGACCUUCUAGAACUGUUAACUGAAAUGCUUUUCAGCAAAUAGCUGCUUUGUUUCUUUUCUUUCUUACAAGAGCAUUUUGUUUUCUUUUGUAACAAAUGUCUCAAUUUUCUGAGACACAACAAUGAGCACUGUUAUUUUGUGUGCUUUACUUGAAGGCAUGUUGGAUGCACAGACAGGACUUUUCUUUAGUAAAAGAAAGUUGAAUUUGCUUAACCCGUAACAUCUACAAAUACAUAUUUAAAAUUGUUUACAGUCACCGGACAAACAGGAAUUUUACCAGGUUACAUGUAAACAUUUUACAAGUUACAUGCUUUUUUAUGUUCAGCAUUGUCCCACAGAGAUUUUCAUCAAUAUGGAACUUGAACUAGUUAGGAAGACAUUGGUGUUCCAACUGUGCAUGAAGUGUAAAUAGCCUAUGUGAGAUUCCAGUAUCCAAAUUGUUUUGGAAUAAACUAUAUUUUUUUAUUGUAA